GUGGCGCUGCCCGCUCGGCCCGGCGUUCCGGGAGGCGUGGGCCGCGGCCACUGGGUGCGCACCUGCCCCGCCUCCGCCAGGCGGGCCACGGGGCAUGCAGCCGGUCGGGGGCGGGGCUCCGAGGCCAGGACGCGGCGUCGGGUUCCCGGGCAGCCGCCGCCAACUGGACUCUGCCGCGCUCCUCAUGCUGCUCGUGGACGCCGAUCGGCCGGAGCCCGUGCGCAGCGGGGCGCGCGAGCUCGCGCUCUUCCUGACCCCCGAGCCCGGGGCCGAGGCGGCGGAGGUGGAGGAGACCGUCGAGGGCUUGCUCCUCAGGCUGGAAGAGUUUUGCAGCCUGGCUGACAUGAUCAGGAGCGAUACCUCACAGAUUUUGGAGGAAAACAUCCCCCUCCUUAAGGCCAAGGUGAUGGAAAUGCGUGGCAUCUACACCAAAGUGGACCAGCUGGAGGCCUUUGUCAAGAUGGUCGGGCACCACGUCUCCUUCCUGGAAGCCCACGUGCUUCAGGCCGAGCGGGACCACGGGGCCCUCUCACAGGCCCUGCGGAAGUGGCUGGGCUCCUCGGGGCUCCCCGCCUUCGGGAACAAGCUGUGGACGCCGGCGGCCCCGACCUUCGAGCUGCCCGCGUUGUACAGAACCGAGGACUAUUUUCCUGUGGACGCCGGGGAGGCAACGCGCCGAGCCCCCAGCUGCCAAAGGCGUCUGUGAGCCCUGCAGUCCUGCCGUCAGGGACGUCGGGAAGUGAAAUCUGUGUGCCGCACAGAUUGUUCAUUUUGUUUUGUUUUGUUUUAUUGUUGUGGAUGCGUUUUCUGAAUUUUCCCCCUUGCUUCACAUGGGCCCACAGGGUUUGGAGAAGCAUUUAGAACCCACAGGUGGGCAGUGCCUCAGAGAUGAGCUGGAGAAGGCCUUCUCCACCGGCGUUUGUCCUGCCUGGUGUUCUGGACAAGGUGGUCACCCAGGGGGAUGGGCUGUGGGGCCUUGGAUUUCCCUUUGCCUUGGAAGGGCUUUGCACAGACGUUGUGAGGGGCUUGCGCGGUGCCCCCAGGGUGCGUGGCUCCAGGUCCAUGCGUGUUGGCCGGUUUGUGUGAACCCCAGUGCCCACUGGCCCUGUGAACCGUCUCAAUAAACGUGUCCAGGUCGCCUGGG